AUGGACGAGGAGGACCUAAUCCCCGCCGACUACAACGAUGGGAACCGUGCAUUCCUGCAGGCCCUGAUGGCCCGCGGAGUAGUCACCUACAGGGAGGGCAAAUCCAUCUUGGCCGCCAUAUUCGCAGCACGCGACGGCGAGCCCAUAGAUCCAAACUCGGUGUCGCAGGAGACCUUCGCCGCCUACAUCGCCGCCGCGCAGGAGGCAGUCUCGCACUUCGACUAUGACCUGCGGAGCGCCAUGCACCAGGUGCGCAAGGAGCGUGUCUGGGCCCUGGUCAACACCACCUCGGACCCUCUGACGCAGCUGGCCACCUUGCACACGGCGGAUGAGAUUGCCUUUGUCAAGCGCAUUCUGGACUCCAUGUUUGAGAAGUACAACACCCAGCGCAUGGAGGUCAUGUGCGUGGACAGCAUCCAGGCCAACAAGUGCCGCAACGUGCCGCGGCCCGACCUGGACGAGUCCGUGCUCGACCGCGAGGCCAGCCAGGCGCAGUCCCAGUCCCUCAAGGGCCUGAAGUCCUCUGAGGUCGAGGCCGUGAUGGCCGCCAUGGUCGACGAGGGUUGGUUCGAGAAGAGCGGCAACAGCUUCUACGGCCUGGCCCCGCGCGCCCUCAUGGAGCUGCGCACAUGGCUCAUCGAGUCUUACAACGACCCCGAUGCCGGCCCGGACGAGUGGCAGCGGGUCAAGUUCUGCGAGGCCUGCAAGGAGAUCGUGACGACGGGCCAGCGGUGUGCGGACCGCGACUGUAACGUGCGCCUCCACGACAUCUGCGACGAGGGCUUCUGGAGGACGCGGAGAGACCGGAAAUGCCCCAGGUGCUCGACCGAAUGGUCCGGGAAACACUUCGUGGGGCCCAAGGCAGUCACGGAAACCGAGGCCUACAAGCGUGGUCGGAGACGGAGCGACCGGGACCGUGGGUCCCUGAUGGAACAGGUCAUGCAAGAGGAGGGAGAGGAGGACGGUGACGAGGGCAUGAACGGCGAAGAUGUCGACGAGGAAUGA